CCUCACUCGCUGUCUCUCUCUCUCUCUUUCCCUCGCUAACAUGCACACAGACCCCCCUCUCGCAUAGAAGUAGACAGAGAGCAGUGAAGAGCAGAAGGAGCUGGAUGGCAGGAGGGAGGCAGGAUGGUUGUUGUUGAUUGAACAAAGCCAGGAAAGGAGCGCACAGUCCUGGGGAAAAGAGCAGCUGUGAAAUGCCUUGAAGGGAGCCUGCCAGUUACUCCUGCACAGACCUGAAGGUCCAGUCAAUGAGAAUGGGAACCACCGCUGGUUUGCACAGUGUGAGCCUCAGCUGAGGAUGGCAGGAGAUUCUCGAGUCCUUAUGGACCACAACAUGGAGAUAGGGGUAACGCCUGCACAGGUGAAGAAACUCCCAAAACAUCUGCGGGAGCCUCAGAUCUCAACUGAGCGAACCCAUUUGAUUUCAGAACCGGUAAAGAAGCCACGUCAGCGAUAUGUGCAGAAGGAUGGCAAAUGCAAUGUUCACCAUGGAAAUGUACAAGAGACCUACCGUUACCUCAGUGACUUAUUUACAACUCUGGUGGAUCUACGUUGGCGUUUCAGUCUUUUAAUUUUUACCUUGGUUUAUGUUGUCAACUGGCUUUUCUUUGGGUUCCUAUGGUGGCUGAUUGCACUUAUCCGUGGAGAUCUGGUGCAUGGGGAUGAGGAGGACUGGACCCCUUGUGUAGAGAACCUCAACAGUUUUGUCUCAGCUUUCCUCUUCUCAAUUGAGACAGAGACCACCAUUGGGUAUGGCUAUCGAGUAAUUACAGAAAGAUGCCCUGAAGGCAUUGUCCUACUUUUGGUACAAGCAAUCUUGGGAUCCAUUGUUAACGCAAUAAUGGUGGGAUGCAUGUUUGUCAAGAUUUCACAGCCAAAGAACCGUGCCGAGACCCUUAUGUUCUCGAACAAUGCUGUCAUAUCGGUGCGGGACAGCAAGAUGUGCCUGAUGUUUCGAGUGGGAGACUUGAGGAACUCUCACAUCGUGGAGGCAUCAAUUAGAGCAAAGCUCAUUCGCUCACAGCAGACCAAAGAGGGGGAGUUCAUCCCACUCAACCAGACUGACAUAAACAUCGGCUUUGACACAGGGGAUGACCGACUGUUCCUGGUGUCACCACUUAUUAUCUCUCAUGAGAUCAAUGAAAAAAGCCCUUUCUGGGAAAUGUCCAUGGCACAAAUGGAGAAAGAGGAGUUCGAGAUCGUCGUUAUCCUUGAGGGCAUGGUUGAAGCCACAGGCAUGACGUGUCAGGCUCGGAGCUCCUACCUGGACACCGAGGUGCUGUGGGGCUACCGCUUCACACCUGUUUUAUCUCUGGAGAAGGGCUUCUAUGAAGUAGACUACAACAACUUCCAUGAUGUCUACGAAACCAACACUCCCACAUGCAGCGCCAAGGAGUUAGCCACCAAGCUUCGGGACGAGCCACUUUUGCCUCAGCUCCCACUUCUAAGCCCUAAACCCACAUCGCCGACCUUUGACCCCCUGGACUGCCUUUCAGAACUGAAUCAACUAAAUCAGGAUGAAAAGAUGGAGGAAAGAGAUUCAGGUGACAGGGGUGAGAACAAUGGCUUAGCUGCUGCUCUUGAGGAGCCACCGCUCGUUGAUGGAAUGCCUGACUGAAGGGCUACAUCAGCUCAAAAAACCCAGCAAAGACUGUAACCAGACAAUGCUUAAUCAAUGGCCAUUUAUUUACGCUGCAGUUAUUGGAGACAAAAGACUUCUGUCUCCAGAUGCAGACUCAUGCAAUAUUUCUCCAUAAGAGCAUCAAUCUAUAGUGUAGAUUGGUUUUGUAGACAGGUAUGUUACUCAGAGGCACACAUGUACAACAACUAUAUCUACUCUUAAAGUUUGGGGGAAUUUUAUAAUCACAAUGAUCACCUAACUGCUAUAAUGCAUCAGUUCAAAUUUUGUUAGUUUAAAGUUAGGCUGGAGCUGGUAGCCCUGGAGGUACACUAUGAGUUCGCCCUAAUAUUCUCAUGUGAAGGUGUUGUAACUCAGCCUUUUUAUGCUUUCAUUCACUCCCAUUAAGAAAUCUGUCUAAACAGUCAUUUGAAUUAGCUCAUGUGUCUAACAGCAGCUUGCAUGUGGUAAUAAAAUCUUGCUUGUAUUUCUUUAAUUUUUGAAUGCGAGAAAUUAUUGGUUCCUGUUCCUGUCAGUAUUAAUAAAACAUCUUUGUCAUAAAGAUUAACAAUAUAGUUUACAAAAGAAAAGAUUGAAACUUCUAAAAUGUUACACUUACUGUACUUGCAGACAUGGGGCAGUUCUGUUUCCUUUGCUCAACUCUUUUCUUUUGCUUUGCUGAUCUACAGUCACAGCGUGUUUUCUGUAAGUGAUGGCUUUGAGACACUGAGAGAGUUGAAUCAAAACAAUAGUUAAUCAUUUUAUGAGAUAUUUUUGAGGUUUUAAAUUAAGAGAGAUAACAAGCAACAGCUGAAAAUUCUAUAUAUAUUAUGCUAUGGAAUCAGUUAUUUUUGUCAUCUUCUUGGUUAUGUAAAGACAUUAUUCUAAUUUUCGACGUGCAGGCAAAGAACCCUAAAUCUAAGCCUCCUUUGGGGACAAAAAAAAGCACAAUUUCUUGUAAGGGGAUUUCACAAACACCCAAACAACCACUGAACUACUGCUGCUUCUCCUGCUACUGGUUGAUGCAUGUCGGUCCUACCUAGAAGUUGCAUAAAGAAUUUUGUAAAAGGGAAAUAUUUACCCAGCAAUUGUUUCAAAUGUUCCUAAGUUUUAUACACAAUUCAGUACAUCAACACCUAAGAUGUUUCACAAACAAAAUAAAAUAUUCUAUGAAUUAUGUAAGGCCCUUUGUUGCUUAUCUUUAUAAAUUUAUAUAUAUUGUUUUGCCAUGUACAAAAGGGAAAAAGUGAAAAAAUUCAAUGAAAUAUAAUAAUGGCAAAUAAUUGUUUGCCUUUUAAUAAUCUCCUUUAAAGAUGAAUCUUUUAGCCUUUGCAAAAACAUUGGUUAACAGUGCACUUUGGUUCUGUUCAACCAAUCGCUCCUGGGUUUUUCCUUGUUAUAUCACACUGUGAUGGUCCGCUCUGGUCAGAAGUUUUCAUAAAUGUUAAUGAGCAUUUUAUUUAUGGUUUCUAAAUUAUUUUAUUUGAACUAUAAUUUUUUUUCAGGUUGCAUUGAUUAUACAGCAUACAAGCUAUAAAAAAAAAAUCAUCUUUGUACUAAGGAUGGAUUUUUUUUUCAUUUCUAACUGAUUUUAUCUCGGAUAUGGUGGUAGUUAGCACUGUUAACUUGCAGGGAGAAGGUGCUGGGUGUGGAUUCUGACCUUUCCACAUGAUCUGAGUGAACUCCCUAUACAUGAAUGGGUUAAAUCCUUGUACUAUGGUUUCUUUGAAUGAUCCAAAUAUAUUAAUGGUAAGUUAACCAUUAAUUAUGUGUUCUGUUAUCCAUGCAUUGGGAAAAUUAUAGAGCGUGGCUAGGAAAUUUACCAACUAACAAUGCUCCUCAUGUCCCAUGGCAAUUUGCACAUGUACCAUUAGCAAUCCUUCCUUUAGAGAAACUAAAAUCAGUUUCCUUAAAGAUGUGCAAAGGCUUUUCCAAAAACGUAAUGUGGGCAUUUUUUUCCCCAUAUCAUUCACUCCAAAACAAAUUUUGAUGUGUUUGAGAAAUGUAGUUUUUACAACACCCAAAGUUAAUGUUAAGUAUUGGAUUCAUUUGGAAAAUCAUAACUAUAAACUAAACAAUGAGCAUUAUAUGAAGGGAAAUUGAUAUUAGUGAUAUUUACAAAAAAAAAAAACAUAAGGCACCAUUGUGGACUUGGUUUAAACUGUAGACUGCCAAAAUCUCCACAGUAAAGCGUGUUUAACAUAGAUUUUGUCUGAGAGGAUGCCAGCUAAAUAGGACGCUUAUUGAAAUGAUUUCUCAGAGCUUGUUUUAAACCAGGAGAAACUUACAUAGACUAAACUUAGACUGAACUAUGGCCACAAUGACAACCUGAGUAAGCUUUAGCUAUAAUCAGAAUCUUAAAUGUUAAAACACACUGCUGAACACAAGAGCUUGUACCUUGAGGUCAAUGAUAGUAAACAAACUCAAGAAAUGUUAUAGAAAUGGAUGAUAUAUAAUAAAACGGCUUCACUCGCUACACCUUCCUAUGGAAGAUUGUUGGUCUGCAUUCAAACGCCGACAGUUUUUAAGAAGCCAAAUGAUUCCCUUGAUUUUUGUUAAGAAAAGAGGUUAGCUAUUUUCACAGAAUUAUGCUAAAUGUUAACAGAAGGAAAGUGUGGUGGAGAUGAAACUUGAGAAUGAAAAAUUAACCAAAUGUUAGUAAGUGUGAAUGUAUAGAUGUAGACAAAUGAUGAGCCUCUAUGAAAUAUUUUGACUAUAAGAGGAUGGAAGCGCACAUAAUUACUCAUUGUUCUUUUACAGAUCUUUAAAGUUGUAUAAUUAUUCAACUCUAGGAAUGGAGGAAUGGUUGGAUGAAGCCAAUUAAAAUCCAAAACUAAUGACAUCCAUGUCAGUGACAAGGGCAUGGAAGCUUUAUACCAGAAUCGCAUGCUGGGGACGACUUACUCUUUCCUUAUUAGCCUACUUUUCAUUAGAAAACACUAAGCUUACAGGCAUAAAUCAAGGAUUACUCCUCCUCUGUUAAAUAAUUCAUUAUAAGAAAUACAGGGUACUUUUUAGGCAUGCAAGUUCUGUGAUUUCGACAUAAUAAUGUAAUGAUAUCCAACUAUCACAUUUUGGAAGAAAACAAUAUUUCUAAUGAUUAAAUCUCACUUUUAAAUCAUUGCUGUUUUACAGGAAUAUAUGUCUACUUAGUGUCUUUUUUUCCACUGUGACCUUUUAAGCACCUUAUUAUAUGUAUGU